AUGGAGCAAAUUGAGGAAGCAUUCGCCACAGUAAUAUCAGAAUCCACGACAGUAGUCAUUGGCGGAGGUGAUGAAUCAGAGGCAAGCUCCGAUGCAACAGCCACGAAGGCAGCCAAGGUGGUGGCCGAGGUUAUUGUAGAAGCAGCUCAGGAGGUGUUUUGUGAAGAGGACAUAUCACCGGCACCAGCCCCCCAGCAACCCCCAACAGCAACUCCCCCAGCAAUUCCCCCCACGGGCCCCCAGGCUCGUCGGCCUGUGUCAGCGUUGCCGGCUUCACCAAUGGUGCGCCCUCCUUCUGUCGCACCACCUCCGGCACCCAUGGUUGCGCCGGAACCCCAGCAGCCACCAUCGUCUCCAGACUCCCCCUUGGCAACUCCAUCUCCGCCAGAAGAAGCGAUGUGCUUGUGUUCGGAUUUUGCGCCGCCUGGCGCGCCCUACACCUGCGCCCAACAGAGGGAUUGGGGCAAAUGCGAGGCAGAUUGGAUGCGAGACGACAGCAUGUACCCUGAAGGCUAUUGCCAGAUAACGUGCGGCCUGUGCCCUUGUGCCAAACCUAUGUACAGGCCCGGCUCGCCAGAAACACCGGUUCCACCCAAGCCUGCUGAAGACGUAACCAAAAAAUCGGAAGACCGCUGUUCGUGUUCAGAUAUUCCGCCAAGGGGCUCCAAAUCCACUUGCGCUGAGCAGAGGAGUUUCGGCAAAUGCAAUGCGAUCUGGAUGCGAUCAACCGCAGAAAUACCUGAAGCCUUCUGCCAAGUAACAUGCGGCCGAUGUCCUUGCAAAGAUCCGGCUGUUUCACAAGUUUCACGGAGGGACAGCGAAGGCUUUCCCGACACAGUGUUUUUGUGUGGGGAGGGCGUGUGCUCUGACACACCAGUUGUUAAGGACGCCGUUGGCAUCGCUGUGGCUGUUGGGCCAGUCAAGGCUAGCGGUCCUCUUGGCGUGCCCGGAAAUUUUCCUCUGGACUUUGGCAUAUGCGGCUCUGAUAUCUGCAUCACGGUGCCCAUUCGUACGAUGUAG